AUGAAACCUGGAACAUUUCUGCUCCUGGGACUGCUAAUUACAGCCCGGCUAUUCUUACAACCAAUCUAUUCGCUUGUCUCGGAUUGUGACGAGACGUUCAAUUACUGGGAACCACUGAAUUUCUUGCUACGAGGCUUUGGCAAACAGACAUGGGAGUACUCUCCAGAAUACUCCAUCCGCUCUUGGGCUUUUUUGUUACCGCUGUAUGCUAGCCUUUCACCUUUUAAGAAAAUCAUACCUCUGCUCGGGCUGCCGCCUUCCACAUUGUUCUACAUAGCAAGGUUUCUAAUGGGCUUUUACAGUGUGGUAAUGGAAUGGCUCCUAUUCCGCGAAAUUGACACGAAACUCUCCUCAUUCACCGCCAAUAUUUGGUUGUUACUUCAACUGCUUAAUCCAGGCUGGUUUCAUGCCUCAGUUGAGCUACUACCUUCCUCUUUCGCCAUGGUAACAAUGCUUGGAUUCAUGAAAUUCGGCAUACGGUACUUGUCCAACCGUUCAGCAACUCCCUUCAUACAGGCCUUGUCAUUUAAUUUCGUUAGUGGGGUAUUAGGCUGGCCAUUUGUACUGAUACUGAGCAUUCCUAUGGUCUUCCAUUACGUUUUAACACACAGAAUAUUGGCCACAGUCAAAACUGGUUUUGCCAGUAUUUUACGACUACUGAGCGUCAUUUCCACCAUUUUCUUGGUUGACUCUGCAUUUUAUGGAAAGUUUGCUCCUGUGGCAUGGAAUAUUGUUAUGUACAAUGUCAUUGCUGCGGAUGAGAACAGCGGUCCCAACAUCUUUGGCACUGAACCAUGGUACUACUAUCCGUUGAACCUUUUACUUAACUUCCCAAUACCUACAUUGAUGGGCUGUGUGAUUGGUGUUUUGAGCAAUUGGAGGUUGGCUCCAAUUUGGGGGUGUUUAUUUGUAUGGAUGGCUGUGUUCUUGAGUCAACCGCACAAGGAAGAGAGAUUUUUAUACCCGAUCUACCCAAUGAUUACCUUGGCAGCUAGCGUUGGAUAUACAAACUUUUGGAAAGGCAGAAAAGUCUCAAGAAUCGUCCGCAACACCUUCUUUCUUGCUUUAUUUAUCUUGACACUGAGCCAAAGUUUUAUGCGGGUUUUUGCUCUGGUGAAGAACUAUACAGCUCCAUUGGACGUCUACGCUCAUAUCCCACCUGCCACUGGUCCCCAAACAAUUUGCGUCGGUCGUGAAUGGUAUCAUUAUCCAACGUCGCUGUUCUUAGAAGAUGAUUCUAGACUACGUUUUACCAACUCCGGCUUUGAUGGAUUGUUGCCUGGUGACUUCAAAGAAACUCAUAGCAUGCUGAACAGUAUACGAGAGAUUCCUGCUGGUAUGAAUAACGAGAAUAAGUUCGAUCCUUUGAAGUUAGUGGGUGCUGAUGAAUGUGAUUAUUAUAUUGAUAUUGUCCUACCCAGUGAUGACACCAGGGAUAGCUUCGAUCCAACUUUAAUGGAGGAUGAAUGGGUAUGCAUCUACAGAACGGCUUUUAUAGACGUUGCAAGCUCCAAAUUUUUGGGUCGUGCAUUCGCCCUGCCCGAAAUAUUUUUGAAGUACAUGCCUGGACAGGAAAUUUGGUCUCGUAUUUACGAAGCCAAAUAUCUCGACUACUGCAUUUUCGAGAAACAAACAGAGCAAGUAUGA